AUGAAUACCUUAGACUGUGUAAAAUGGUGCUUCGUUCUGGCCUCUCUUUUCCCAUCUUCACCUGUGACAUCGGAAGGAAUUUAUAAAGACGGUAAAGUAGUUAUUGGGACCCUCUUAAAUGUGCGACACAAAUGUGGCAAGAUGUCACCGAAUGGACUUUCCUAUGUGGAAGCUGUGUUGUAUGCAAUACAAACCAUAAACAAUGAUAAGUCUCUUUUGCCAAAUGURACUUUGGGAUACGAUAUAAGAGACAUUUGUGCAAGUACAACAUUGGCAAACCGCGAGGCCUUUGAUUUUGUCCUUAGAAAUAAAGCCGUAAAACUCAAAUUCAAAAUGAAUGACACUGCUGACAGAUUUGAAAAGUACUUUGGGUCCCUUAGGAUUCUUCGGAAGCCAGUUGCGGCAGUUGUAGGAACCACUGAUUCCAGUAGCUCUGUCGUUGUCGCCAGCAUGUUGAGCAUUGACGAUAUCCCCCAAGUCAGCCCCUCUGCCACAAGUGAGGAACUUAGUCAGCUUGAUUACAAGACUUUUUUCCGGCCAGUUCCACCAGACGGACAACAAGCCAAAGCACUCGCUGACCUUGUUGACUAUUUCAAAUGGAAAUACGUUUACGUCGUUGGUAGUGAUACGUCGUACGGGAGAUACGGYSUKAUGGCMUUUGAAAGAGAAGCUUUAGAAAGAAAGACGUUUUGCAUCUCUAAAAUCUCCUACUUCCCAACGACCCACUACCACCAAACGAUUAAAGAAAUACUUUCAAACAUCAAAGUCGCGAAGAAUGUGAAAGUGAUAGUCUUAUGGGCUGAUGGCAAUUCUGGGCGUAGUUUUAUAGACGAAGCGAAUAGGCAGGGCAUUUCUGCGCGCACGUGGCUUGCACCCGAAAGUUUUUCUGAGACAACAUCUCUCUUUAAAAACAAAUACAUGAAAAUAAUAGGAGGAUUCUUGGGAACAAAACUAAGAAAUUAUAACAUCACUGGAUAUUUAAGACAAUUAACUUCCUUGAACUAUUCAUAUGCAAGAGUUCAGAACCACACUUGGUGGAGGGACUACUGGAUACUCCAACGGAAAUGUAAAAACAUUUUGACAUGCGACUUUCACAACUUUCGCAUCACAAAACAACGAUAUAAAGAAAUGUAUACUAAUUACCUCCCUUAUUUCAUCGACUCAGUAUAUGCGAUUGCGYAUGCCAUAGAUGCUAUAUACCGCUGUCGUGGGAAUGAUUGUCCAAAGACUGAACCAUUUAUUGAUACAAAAGACAUUUUAAGAUACAUGCGCAAUGUAACGUUCGAAGGAGUAACGGGGAAAGUCGAUUUUGAUAAAAAUGGAGACUCCAUUAGUUCGGCCGCUUAUGAUAUUGUUAAUUUACACGCAGGGACUACUGUCCCUCUGUUGAAGACAAUCGGCACAUGGGAUCGGGGUGAGGCAAGGCGAUUAAAGAUAAACAACGAUUUAUUGUAUUGGAAUAACGGUUCCAACAAUGUUCCAGUAUCAAUAUGUAAAGAACCUUGUACACCAGGGCACAUGCAGACAGUGACAGUAGCAUGCUGUUGGAAGUGCAUCCGCUGUCCAUUUGGCUUUAUUAGUCAGACUUACAGCUCCUCGCAGUGUACAGAGUGUCCAAUAGAUAAAAUGCCUGACCAAAAACAAAUAGAAUGCAUUGACUUGCCAGAAGUGAAUAUCUCAUUUCUUGAUUCUCAGUCCAUUGUUCUCCUCGUGGUGGCGGCCAUCGAGCUUAUUUUGGUUCUCUUUGUCCUURCCAUCGGCUUGAAAUAUCGAAAUACMCCAAUUGUCAAGUCUGCCAAUCGAGAAAUGAGUGUCUUAUUUCUUUUCGGUAUAGUCGUUGGUAUAGUAUCUGGAGUUAUCCUCCUUGCUCGCCCUACACCGUUGAUAUGUUAUUUAGACAACCCGCUCCACGCACUCUACUAUACGCUAUGUUUGUCCAUUCUAAUCGUCAAGACCAACAAGUUGGUUCGAGCGUUUGAAUUGAAUUUUGCCACAUCAAGAAUUAGUCAGUUUUGUACCGGUAAGAACUCGCAAUUUGUCAUUCUGUUCUUUUUGAACGUGAUAUCAAUAGUACUGGUGACAAUGUGGCAUGUACUCGACCCUCCUUACGUUCACGUUACAAUGGAGCGUUUGAAAUCAAAGCACUUAGGAUGCAGAGGACAUAAGGGAACUGUUGGCCUUGCUCUUCAAGCAUCAUUGUAUGCAUACCAGUUUAGUCUGUCCAUCUUCUGUGCUUACUACGCAUUCAAGGCCAGGAACCUACCAGAAAACUUUAGCGAAGCACGUUACAUUGCCUUGGCAAUGUACAUGCAACUUCUGUGUUCAAUGUGCUAUGCUAUAUUGCAAAACACUGUGACGGGAAAUUUUUUAACAAUUUUCUCAUCAGCGAUCAUAAUUCUGAGUUCCUUUGGUUUUCUGGUGUGUAUGUUUGCUCCAAAAGUUUACAUCAUUCUGAAAUUCCCUGAAAAAAAUACAGCGCAAUAUAUGAAAGCAUCUGUAGCAAGUCACUCUUUUCAAAGAAGCUUGUUAAAAGUUGUACCCCUUGAUGUUACGGUCUGUCGUGGUAGUAACAACCUUCAAGAAACAACUCGCAAUCGUCAAUCAAACGUUCUCGGCAUGGAAACCCUGACGGUUACAGAACCUAGUGGAGACUCUGACGGAGCUGGCAAGGGAGCAGAAGCUUUUAAAUGCAAUUUAAAACCCGGUAGAGUUCUGAAAGAACGGAAGAAGAACCGAAAUUGCGUGGCCAAAAACUCCGAUAUCGUUCUCAAUAAACAGGGAGGUUCAGYUGUUUCAAAAAGUGAGGACAAUUUUGAGGCCUACAUUCCUGACAUUCUUGAAAUGAAUACAUGCACACAGAAGAACAAAGAUCGUCGACAAACACAAAAACAAAAAAACAACAGUGGAAUCGAGAGGCCAACCAUGUUGGAACUAGAAAUAAAGCCAAAUCGUAAAGGUCAUGCUGGCACUCACCUCUGACAAAAAAACAGUCGAAUACACGUCCUAACAGAGAGUCUUCUUUGAACAUUUGAAGACGAUGUAUAGGCUGUUUACAUUUCAAUCAUUGUUGGUCCCGUAAACCAAAGACUUGCUCAUGGAUUGCUCAAAGUCAGGUCAGACGAUGAGUCUGCUACUGGUAACAUUGUAACCCAGUACAACCUGCCUCAUGGACGGGUCGUCGGCGUCUAAACCGGCUCCCCCAC